UACAAAAGUAUGUGUUUCAUACUUAUCAAUUAAUUUUUUAAUGUUUUAAUUUUCGUUCUGUGAUAUUGUUCGACCACAAAUUAUAGUGUCUAUACUAUCAUUGAAUAACAGUAGCUUCUAUCUUAGUUCCGUGGUAUAUGCUAGCAGCCAGGCCAGCUGCACACGGCGCGGGGUCUUCAUCGUUUACUAUUAUUUGUUUUGAUUUGUAAACGUUUCCAAUUACAUACUAUGGCUGAUGUUGACACCAAAAAUAAAGAAGACUUGUCUGCCGUCAUUGCCCGUCAUUACGAUUCUAUUGAUAAUAAUUUUGCUACACGCAAUGAAUCACGUAUCUUGUUCUUACGUAAUUUUAACAAUUGGGUGAAAUCGGUUCUUAUUCAGGAAGCUGUUCUUAAACUAAGAGAUACUAGAAUUGAUGAUGGAAAAAUGCAUGUAUUAGAUAUUGCUUGUGGUAAAGGAGGCGAUUUAUAUAAAUGGAAAAAUAAUAGCUGUUUGGAACAUCUUGUAGCUGUUGACAUAUCUCCAGGUUCGAUAAUAAAUUAUGAAUCAAGAUAUGCAGAUUUGAAAAGAAGAAAUAAAUAUAUAUUUGAUGCUAAAUUCAUUGUAGCAGACUGCACUAGAGUGAUUAUUAAUAAAUUUUAUGAAAAUCCAAGUAUGAAGUUCCACUUAGUAAAUUGUCAAUUUGCAUUUCAUUACUGUUUUGAAAGUAUACAACAAGCUGAAUGCAUGUUGAAAAAUAUCUCAUCAAAUCUUAUUAGUGGUGGAAUUUUUAUUGGCACCAUACCUAACGCUUCAGAAAUAGUGCGACGUCAAAGAGAAUGUGGUAAAAAAAAGUUUGGUAACAGCAUUUAUAAUAUUGAAUUUAUGUGCGACCCCGAAAAACUACUACCAAUAUUUGGUGCAAAAUAUAUUUUUCAUCUAGAAGGAGUUGUUAAUUGUCCAGAGUUCCUAGUAUACUUUCCAGCUUUUGAAAAGUUAGCUAAAAGUUAUGGGCUGGAACUCAAAAUGAAAAUGACAUUUGGUGAUUUUUUUGAAAAACAUUCAAAGCUAGAUUUAAAUUUCUUAAACCGUAUUUCUGCAUUAGAGUUGUAUCCACCACAAGAAGGAAAUAAAAAAAUGGGAACAGAAGAUGAAUAUGAGAAAGCCAAACAAUUUUUAAAUGAAAAUAAAAUUCCUAAUAUUGGAACAUUAUCUAAAUCUGAAUGGGAAGUAGCAACUUUGUACAUGGUAUUUAUGUUUCAAAAAAUGUGAACCAGUGAUUUCAUUUUGUGAAUUUAAUCUUACCUAAUAAAUAAUUAUCCAAUGUA